AUGCAAGGUUAUUCAUUUGCGCCCCCAGCCGGGCCGCCGAGGGAAGGCCAGAAGAACUAUGUAUUUGUUGACGAGCAUAAUCGGCACAAGAGAUUAAAGGCCUUCCGGUUAGUGAUGCGAGCCUGUAAUGGUUGCCGGAAAAGAAAAAUCAAGUGUGAUGCAGCCACGACGAAUACGUGGCCUUGUUCUGCAUGCACUCGUCUGAAACUAGUCUGUGUUCCUCCGACCAUUGGACAAGACGGAGAGUUCCUUUCCGAUGGCCAAGGUGAAUCCAACCUGGAGACAGGAGCACCCUCCAGCGCCACGACGGAGGGCUCCCAUACAUUUUCAGUGGGGGCUCCAGUCUACAGAGACAACAAUCAACCCACCAUGAAUGCCAUACCCUCGUAUGAUCAAAUGAGCAUGUAUUCCCAAUUCGUCCCUCCUCCUCAGGGCCAGCCCAGUAUUUACAACGAUAUUCGGUCGCCACAAAUGGCAAUGUCACACCAAGCUUAUCAGCAGCCUCAAAUGUUCUCUGGACCGCAAACUCCAACUAUGGGAUCAUCAGAUCGAAACUUGUACGCCGAUAACGACCAGUCAACUGCAGAGAACCUCAGUGAUGUACUUGGGGAGCUAAAGAUUGACGAGAGCGGAAUCGCCCCAUACAUCAGAAGGCAACGGACAGAUCGAAUUGAGCCCGAUGCCCCCGUUCAAGACGAGGUGGAAGAGCAGCUGCCCCCUCUCAGUACCGGAUCGGGCGCGACGAUCCGAAUCCCUCCUGAACUCAUGCCUGCAGAAGACGACGUAAUGGCUUAUUUCAAGAUCUACUUUGAUGAAAUACAUCCCUACGUUCCCGUCGUAUGUCGUGCCCAUUUAUACUACCAAUGGCAACAUGAUCGCCGUUCGAUAUCUCCUCUUCUUCUCGAGGCCCUUUUCGCCUGUGCAGGCCGUUUAUCUGAUGAACCCGCAGAGGGGGCUCAAUGGCUUGCUUUGGCCAAUAGACACGAGUCUAGUUUCAUGGAUGUACCACGUCUGAGUACUAUUCAAGCGCUACUGCUGCUGUUGAAAGCUAGGGAGUCUUUGCCGAAGAAAGGGUAUUAUUAUCGGUCCUGGCAGACUGUCAAGACCAUUGUCUCGAUGGCGAAGGAUUUGGACAUCCAUGAACACCACAGCAAUCACGUUGAAGGGAAACCGUGUGGUCUCGGUCCAAUCGAAUGUUUGGUGCACACCAGAGUGUGGCAGGCUCUCUUGGUUGUUGAGGUGAUGAUUGGUGCGCCUCAAGGCCGCUCGGACUAUGGGGUUGACCCUCAGACGGUGGACAUGCGUCCGACGUUGGAUAUCCGGGGCCUCGAUAACUAUGAGACCGACCGCUCGAGACAAUACGCCUAUUUCGUCCGCAACGCACAUCACAUUCGCAUCAUCACAGAUAUUUAUCAUAAAGUCAAAAAGCAAAAGGAUUGGGGCGCAGAUGCUCGAUUUGUACAGAAUAAUCCGCUCUUCUCGGAUUGGCUCCGCAACCUCCCCUCGGACCUACAGGUCAAUUACCCUGCCGACGGCUCUCCACCAUGGCUUCCAUCUCAUUUUGUGGGCAACAUGCAUUCCCAUUGCCACCUCGCUAUAAUCUUAUUACAUCGCCCUCAACUCCUCGCUUCCCAAUCAUUUGCUGCAGGUGGUGAAUGGAAGAUCCACAUGUCACUAUGUUACUCUUCAGCUAAAAGCCUAUGCCGGUUACAAGAAGCCAUCUUGCAAAGGUUCGGAUUAUCUGGCCUGCUGUACAUGCAAAGAGGUAUCAACUUUGCUAUAUAUUGCAUUCUGACUUAUGCGCGUGAAUUCUUUACUCGCCAUAUGAGAAUCCUCGAGACAUGCUCAACCGCUUGGCCCAUGCCUGAAAUUCAAGCCCAGAUCGAUUCAUUGAGACUGGCUUUUUCCGCUGACAUGCGCCGUCCCUUCGAAUUGAAGCCCAGCUUCCCAUAUGGGAGCCCCUCGGAACCAUACCAGCCCAGUCCACCUAUGGAUGCACACUACCAUCCUCACUUAAAUCAAGUCCAAUCUAGAGUGGGUUUCCAUCCGCUUCCAAUAACUCCUCCGAUCUCGACUGGUGCUGAAGACUCCAAGUCCGACACCUCUUCUCAGGUACAAUCCCUCGGAAUGGUUCCCCAUCAACCUCCGACAACCCACCCUCUCGAUGCCCCGUUAGUCGAUGAAAACAACUGGGACCCUACUCGCAUCAUCACUCAAUGGGACAUGGCCUUCUCCGUCAAUCCCUCCACCGUCAGCACAAGUUCCCCGCCGAUGCCUAUGAAUAACUCGAUACCGGGUGUACAAAUCAUGAAUUCCCAAUAUCCGAUCCAGUACGAAACACCUAACAAAGUUCCCUCCGCCGCAUCUACCCAGUCUCUUUCCCCGCCGCAAUUUCAAGCACCCCCAGUUGUGUUCUCAGCACGAGACUGGCAGCAAAGCGUUGCUAGUGUGUAUGAUCCACAGGGGCUGAAACGACGAUGGAAUUACUCCGUUGAUCUUGACUCCGACAGCAUGUCCAAGCGUCAACGAGGGUGA